GGGCCGCGGCUGGGGUUUGCGCAGGCGCACAGCUCCAACCGGGAAGCAUGGCGGACCUAGCGACUCAACCCAGCAAGAGAAAGCGCGAACUGGACGCCGAGGAGGCGGAAGCUGCCAGCACAGAGGCAAAGGAAGCGGGCGUUGAGAAUGGUACCUCCGCUCCUGUGCGCUUACCGUUCUCCGGCUUUAGAGUGAAAAAAGUGCUGCGGGAGUCCGCGCGGGACAAAAUCAUUUUUCUCCAUGGGAAGGUAAAUGAGGCCUCUGGGGACGGGGAUGGAGAGGAUGCCAUUGUGAUCCUGGAGAAGACACCAUUUCAGGUGGAGCAGGUGGCCCAGCUCCUGAUGGGCAGCCCUGAGCUCCAGCUGCAGUUCUCCAAUGAUAUUUACAGCACCUAUCACCUGUUUCCUCCACGGCAGCUGAAUGACGUAAAGACAACCGUGGUUUACCCUGCCACAGAGAAGCACCUAGAAAAGUACCUGCGCCAGGACCUCCACCUGGUCCGAGAGACGGGGGCCGAUUACAAGAACAUCACCUUGCCCCACCUGGAGUCCCAGAGCCUCAGCAUCCAGGCUGGCUUCUUCACAGAGGCCACCAGGACCCUAAAGUGGGUGUACAACAUUCUCGAUAAGAAGGCUGAAGCUGACCGGAUUGUUUUUGAGAACCCAGAUCCCUCUGAUGGCUUUGUCCUCAUCCCCGAUCUCAAGUGGAACCAACAGCAGCUAGAUGACCUGUACCUGAUUGCCAUCUGCCAUCGCCGGGGCAUCAGAUCACUGCGGGACCUUACUCCAGAGCACCUGCCGCUGCUCAGGAACAUCCUCCGGGAGGGGCAGGAAGCCAUCCUGCAGCGCUACGGGGUGAAGGGGGACCGCCUCCGAGUGUACCUGCACUACCUGCCUUCCUACUACCACCUGCACGUGCACUUCACCGCCCUGGGCUUCGAGGCCCCUGGCUCGGCGGUGGAGCGGGCUCACCUGUUAGCAGAGGUGAUCGAGAACCUGGAGUGUGACCCGGAGCACUACCAGCGGCGCACCCUCACCUUUGCCCUCCGGGCCGACGACCCCCUGCUCCAGCUCUUGCAGGAGGCCCAGAGGAGCUGAGUGUGGCCCAGGGGCCGUCCCCUGGGACAGGAACACAGAUGUGCGGGCUGGGGGGCAGGGCGGGGAGGGACGGAGGGAGUUUUAGCACCAAGUGGAUUUUUCAAAAGUGUAUUUUGUACCGGCUUAUUUCUAGUAUGUGAAUAAAGUAUUGGUCUCCUU